AAAACAAAGGAAAAUAAAAUAGAUUAUCGUUUAAAAGACAUUUCUUCAUUCGUUAUUAUACACUAAAAAGGACCUUAGAUAUCGUCAUACGACAGGUAAUAUAUACAAAUGGUUUUAGCUUUAGUUUUGGGUGAUCUACACGUUCCUCAGCGUGCCGCGCACAUACAUGAGGCCUUUCGAAAAAUGUUUCAUCCCGACCGCAUCCAGAUGGUUUUUGUUACUGGGAACGUUACCUCGAAGGCGAUGCUUCGGUACCUUUAUUCGAUUUUCCCCGAAGUCUACUGCACCCGUGGCGAUUUUGAUCACGCCGACAUGGAGGAUUUACCGGAAUCUCUAGUGGUCGAAGUCGAAGAUCUCAAGGUGGGGCUCGUCCAUGGCCAUCAGAUCGUCCCACUCGGCGAUAGAGAGUCUUUGGCGGCUUUUCAACGGCAGCUGGAUGUCGAUUUGUUGAUCUCUGGCGGUACCCACCUCUCGAAGAUUUUUGAGUUCGACUCCCAUCUCUUCGUGGAUCCAGGUUCGGCCACAGGUGCCUUCACCGCUUAUGAUCUGAAUGUGAUACCGUCAUUUGUGCUCUUGGAUAUCCAAAAGUCAUCGGUGAUCGCGUUUACGUAUCGUUAUAUUCCCGCGGACCAUACGGUUGGGGAAAACGAUGCAGUCGGCGAAAAGCAUCUCGGCAAAGAAGCAGAUACAGCGAUACGAAUUAACAAAAGGGAGUGGACAAAGGGGUAGAAAGGGGCUUCUUUCGGUCGAUCAGGUGUGAAUCCUCCAGGCUUAAACGAUAUGUCGAACAAGCAGAAAAGCUUGGCUUUCCCGAAGGAUACUAUGUUGUUGAAUCGGGCUCCUAGAUUUAUGCCUGUGCUUGCUCUUACCAACUUAUCUUUGGAAAUGUGCAAUAUCUCAUUCGCUGAAAAAAAUGAUCUUUGCUUUGUGUUACAAAAUUUUGCAUGUGUUAAA